AUGGAUUCCAAUAUGUCCAUAUAUUCAACUCUUCUUACUUUGGAAGCUCUAGACAUAUCUCCAUCUUAUAUCCUACCAGUGUUUAUGUUUGGAACUCUUACUUAUUGUACUAUUCUGUUUUUCAAUAUUACAUUACUAUUAACAAUUGCUUUCAACCAAAAACUUCAUAAACCUAUGUAUAUACUGUUGUUUAACAUGCCAAUUAAUGACAUGGUAGGUGCAUCUGCCCUUUUGCCACACAUGAUGUCUACUCUACUGUCACAGAAUAGAUCGAUUACUUAUUCUGCAUGCUGUUUGCAAGCCUUCUUUAUCCACUUGUAUGGGUCUGGAACACUUCUUAUUCUGGGGGCCAUGGCUUAUGACAGGUAUAUUGCAAUUUGCCGCCCAUUAAAAUAUAACACUGUUAUGUCUCCAAAUAAGUUGUUGAAAAUAAUCCUUACAGUGUGGACCACGGAUGUUGCAACAGUAGGUUCCAUAGUUGCCCUAAACUACCGUCAAGAGAUCUGUACCACCAGAAUUGUUGACUCCUUCUGUAAUAAUCCAAGUUUGAUGAAGCUAAUAUGUGGUGACACAAGGCUGAACAACUACUAUGGACUCUCUGUGUCAGUUUUGUUGAGCUGUUUAGCAUUGUUUAUAAUGUUUUUUACAUAUAUCCAUAUUCUAAUCACAUGUGUCUCAAAAAGACAAUCUGAUGCAAAAAGAAAAGCAAUUCAGACAUGUGGUACACACCUAGUGGUUUACUUAUGUUUAGUUUUUAGUUUACUUUUUGCUCUAAUUUCCCACAGAUUUGAUAAUGUACCCAAGUACCUAAGAGGGGUCUUUGGUGCGUCUGUGAUGAUAUUUCCUCCUUUUAUAAAUCCUCUAAUAUAUGGAUUGAGAACAAAGGAAAUUCAACAAAACAUCCACACCUUCUUCCGUAAAAAGGUCUUUCAGUCAUAA